UGAUGACGCUUCGCGCCUUCCCUUGCGAUACGCCUUGCCUCUUACGCUUCAUUCGCACUUGCCUGUUCGCCAAAUCGCCAAAUCGCCAACUCUCCAGUUCGCCAACCCUCUGAGAUUUCAUGCCACCUUUGCAAUUUGCGUUCAUGAUCUGCCUGCAAGGCAUCAAAGGAUAAAUCUGUCCUUGCGACAAUCUAGCCAACUGUCUUAUAACCCAACGCCAACCCCGCGGUCCGCAAUCCUGACCAGCUCGCAAUCCUCCAUUUGCACCCCUUCAGGACGACAUACUUCAUCCUGUUGGGCAUCGGCGGACGUCCACCACACCGUUGUCUCACUCCAUCUCGAUCUUGUCUUGAGAGAAUGGCAAGUUUCCUAGAAGAGCUGUGGAACUCCAUUUUCACACCUGGACCGACGCCUACACUUCUUGUGGCCACCAACGCCGCCUUUGCCGCUCUUCAACUUCUUCUCCUCAUCCUCCUCAUUGCCACAUACUCUCUACAUUUCCUCGUCUUGUCUGUCCUCUGCGGUGGACUGUGGUACUCCAUCAACUGGUUUGCUGCCGAGAUCGCCAAAGAACAGAAAUCCCAACAAGAGGCCGAACAGAAACAGGAUAAGCCCAGAGAGCCCGAGAAUGCCAGCGAUACCGAAACUGAGCCUGUCGCGGCGGCCACUGGAAUUUCCACGUCCAUGAAACCCCCUCCAACAGUUCCUUCACCCAGAACCCCCGUCGAAAGACUCAAAGACAACACCUCUAUAUUACUACAGCCAAAGACACCAGAAACUACAGACGCUAUGAGGCGGCGCCGAAGUCUUGGUGAAAGUUCAGGUUAUAUCAGCACAGACAGUGAAUGGGAGAAGGUGUCCGAAGGCGAGGAGAAGAGCAAGCGCGAACGAUAAAGUACCCAGAUGGUUCCAGCCCACCUUUGGAGGACAUGCUGGUCCCUGGAUGUAUGACUUGGACACCUUUCUGGUACCCGCAAGAGUAUUGGCUUGGCGGUCAUACUUCCUGGUCCGUCUCCAUCCUCCCGGCCUUUGAACAGGUAGACACAGGUCUAGAGUCAAGCUGACUAUAUGAUUUCGACGAUUUCGGCCAAUUUCCAGCCAGCCAUCGCCCUUUUACGCAAACAUCAACCCUGAUAUUUCAUCCUUUCACCGUGAAACAUUUCUCCCUGGUAUAGACCAUUCUGCGAGGAAGAAUCGAGCUUUGUUGAUACCCAGCAAUUCGUAG